GUUAAAGAUUGGUUGCUCAAUGUUGGAUGCUAAAGGUUCUACAUGUGAGGUACGCGAUUGCAGGGGACAAAUCUCCACAAAUUACUAAAGUAGGUGCCCCGCUGCGGGACCUAUCAUUUAUCGAUAAGAAGCUUCUCCGUACCUAGCUCCACCAUCCAGCGUAUCCACAAUUUAGAGAUCGCUCUACUUCGUAUUUACGUUCCUUGUUCCUAAUUUCUCAUCCUCAAAGCUUCAACCUCCAUUCAAUUCCUGCCGGUCACAACCAAACCGCGAAAAUGGCGGAACUGAAAGACCCCCUCGAUGAAACACGAUGGCAUCAUCCCAUCGAGUUACAGAGAAUCGGAGGAGUUCAUUCUAAUUCAGUAUUAUUCUACUUCGCCAUGUCCCCGUUCUUCGAUGUCACCUCGAACAAUGCAAUAGUCUUUAACCAAGCCUGUUACAAUCCGAGCAUGACUCAUCUUUUACAUACCCGUGAGGCCUUCGAAAGCCGUUUGAGAGAAAUGACGGGAUUGGAAUUCAUAGUUGCGCAGGAACCUGCAGAGACUGGUCCCGGCAUGGGAACUGGUGUCUGGGUCAUCCACAAGCAGACUCGCCGUAAGCGUGAACCCAAGGACGAAAUCGUCGUCCAUGCCGCUUAUUACGUUGUCGGAGAACACGUCUACAUGGCUCCCACUGUAGCGGAUGUGAUUAACUUUCGAAUGGUUACGAUCACCGAGACUCUGAGCAAGUGUUUCGCAUCCGCAGAUAAAUCACGAACCUGGUCGCCGUCCACUGGUCACGGAUACAUCACCGCGCCGACUACAUCGAACACGAAAGCGCAGACACUCGAGUCGAAAGCUACAACGCCAAUGCCCGAUUCACAAGAAGGCAACAAGGCCGUUGCCGAGGCUAAGAAGCCUACCCAGUCAGCUGUUGACUCUCGUCUAGCUGAGCAUUCCUUCAUGAUCCAUAUGCAGUACGGCGGGGAGUAUAUGGACGAGAAUCCCAUCACCGGCAAGCCCGGCGAGUUCCACCUUAGCUCGACAGGACGUAAAGAAAAAAUGCCGACAUUGGGUUUGCCGAGUCUGAACACGACAAUGGUGAGCUCAUCACUCAGCCAGCCGGACAAGAAGGAUGCGAAGACAGGAGAAAAGACACCGAAAACGCCAACGGGAAUGUCGAAGAUUAAGCGUAAGAAGAGUAGGGCUGGUGCAACUCCCACUUCGGCAUAGGAUACCGAAGAUGAGGUCAAGGAGAAUCAGAACAAGAAAAGGAAAAAAGUGAAGGCGGUGGCGAAGGCAGAAGAGACCAAGUUGGUGAAAAAGGUCAGGUUUGACUUGGAGUAGGAGUUUCGGCGAUAAGGCAUGCAUGUGGCGUUUAUGGGGUCAGGAAAUCGGAUUUUGAUACCCCCUUUCGUGUAGUAGGUACCUACAGUACAGUACCUACAUACCUACCAUUCGAUUUCCAAUGCAUUUUUUUUCUUCCGGGAUCAAUAAAAUUGCCGUCUUAUUACAAAAA